AUGAAAUAUGAAUAAAGCACCCAAGAAAUCACAAGAGAGCUAAAAAACAUUCCAUUUGUUCCUAAAAGCUUCACAAAUCCUUAAAUCUUACAAACAACAUCUCCGAUUUAUGCAUUUUAAUCGAUAAGUAGAUAUAGUAAGGGACAUAAGUAAUUAAAGCUCAAUAUGAAAUCAAAUAUGAAGAUCGAAAAAACUAACUUAAAAGCAUAAGUCCUAGACUCCUAAGAAUAAAAAAAAUAGAAUAUCAGAAUUCCAGUUGAUGUGCAAGAUAAAAGCGAACAGAGGAAUAAAGAAAUUAUUUCAAAAUUUUCACCCAUUUACUAUUUAAAAGAGGUUUGUUUAAUUAGCUUACUUAUUUACUUAUGA